AUGAAGUGGCUAUUCUGGAACAUCAGGGGUGUAAAUAAAAGGUAUAAGCAAAAGGAAGUUAGGAAAUAUAUUAGAAGUAACAAAAUAAACUUAGUAGGAUUAGUGGAAACCAAAGUUAAAGAAGAAAAUGCUCAAAAAAUAUUGAAGUAUAUUGCUCCUGGCUGGGAUAUUCUGACUAACUACAGAGAAGCUAAGAAUGGUAGAGUAUGGCUCCUAUGGAACUCUAACAUUCUCAUGGUUACUAAAAUCAGAGAUGAUCCUCAAAUGAUCCACUCACUAGUUCAAAGCAGACAGGGGGAUAUCCAAUGUUAUCUGACUGUUGUUUAUGGAUUUAAUGGGUUAGAACAAAGAAAGGAACUGUGGCAGAAUCUUCAACAAAUUGCUACAAUUGUUACUGACCCAUGGUUGGUUGCAGGUGACUUUAAUGUUGUUCUGUAUGCUAAUGAUCGAUUGUCUUGUAAUCCAGUUAGUUUUGCAGAAACUGAGGAUUUCAGCUCAUGUUUGCAACAAACAGCAUUAUCUGAACUUCCUUGGCAGAGUGAAUACUAUACUUGGACAAACAGGCAACCUGGAGUAGAUAAGGUUAGCAGCAGAAUUGAUAGAGUUCUUGGGAAUUAUGAAUGGUUGAUGAACUGGAACCAUGUGGAGACAGUCUAUGAUCUUCCUCAGAUAUCAAAUCAUGCCCAUAUGCUACUAACUCUAACAAACUCAUCUUGGAAUGGGAAAGUUCCAUUUCGAUUCUUCAAUGCAUGGACUAACCAUCAGGACUUUACUCAAAUAGUGACUGAAGGGUGGAAUACUAUGAACUCUGCUGCUAGAAGGGACCUUAAAGAUAUACAAGAACAACUUGCAAGUAAGUAUUCAGAUAGUCUUUUGAAAAGGGAGAAUGAGACAUUACUUAACCUAGAGAACUGGUCUACGAUUGAGGAGAAUAUACUGCAGCAGAAGGCAAGAGCUAAAUGGAUCCAACCGGGAGAUGAUAAUACCAAAUAUUUCACAGCUGUUAUGAAAGAUAGAUCACAGAGGAAACAAAUCAAUGAUAUUACAACAAGGGGUGGAGAUAGAAUUACUGAUCCUGAAGGCAUUAAAGAAGAGAUUUUGGAUUUUUACAAGUCUCUUAUGGGAUCAACAGCAAGGACACUUCCAGCUAUAAAUAGAUCAUACAUGUCCAAUGGUCCCAGACUAACUCAACAACAAAGAAGAGACCUAUGUGCAGAUGUUACUGAUUAG